AUGUCACCUCAACACCUCAAACCUUCUCUCCCCCCGGGGGCCCCUGCAGGCCGCUGGCACGGCGGCCGCCAUGGGGGGGGCCUCAAGCACCAGGUGUGGAAGCCGCAGACUCCGAAGCAGCACAAGCAGGAGCAGCAGCAGCAGCAGCAGCAACAGCAGCAUAAGCAGCAACAACAACAACAACAGCAGCAGCAGCAGAAACGAACGGAAGAGGCUCCUGCUGCAGCAGCUGCAGCAGCAGCAUCAACUGAACAACACCCACCAGAGGCAGUGUCUAUAGGCGAGCUUGACUUUGGUCCCCCCGCAGAUCUUUGCCUGAAUGAAGGCGCCUUUCCUCCUCAGUUGCUGCAGCAGACAGUUACUUUGGCCGGCACCACUGCUGCUGCUGCUGCUGCUGCUGCUGCUAAGGCAACACCCAAGCUCCCGCAGCAGCAGCAGCAGCCGAGCUUUUGCUUGCCGCCUCCCGCCGCCGAUGAGCGCUGCAGCAGCAGCCCUCAAGGGAAACAACGUGAGCAGAUAGCAGACGCGGUGUGGCCCCCUCUGUCCAAGGCAGCAGCUCUAGGGAAGAGGGGGAACAGCCGGGGUUACGCGCACCAGCAGCAGCAGCAACAGCAGCAGCAGCAGCAGCAGCAGCAGCAGCAGACGGCCAAAGAAGCAGCAGACAGUGAUGCCUCGUUCGGCUGCGAAGCCUCUCGUUCUGUUAACAGCCCGCCUGCAUGCAGGGCCCCUCCAUCUUCCCCCGCGUCUGCUGCUCCAGUGGACGCAGAAACGGGUUCGGAGCGUGGUUCAGCAGCAGCAGCAGCAGCUGCAGCAGCAGCAGCAGCUGCUGCUGCUGCAGCAGCAGCAGCAGCAGAAACAGCAGCAGCAGCAGCAGGUGUUCGUGCUCCCCCUGGCCUCAGCGGCCCAGAUGUUCAGAGCGCGCUGCUGCGGGCCUCUUUCUUAGGCCGCACAGAUAUAGUUAAGCUCUGUCUAGAGCGGGGGGCUUCUCCUGCUGCAGCAGAUGCUAUUGGGCGUACCCCGCUUCACUAUGCUGCAGCAACAGGAGUGGCUCAGGCGGUGUCGUUGCUGCUGCAGUAUGCAGCCAAGUCAGAAGACAACAACAACCAGCAGCAGCAGCAGCAGCAGCAGCAGAAACAGAAACAGCAGCAGCAGCAGCAGCAGCAAGGGUGUGGGGGUCUUGCUGCUCUCGUUGAUAUGCCUGAUAAGAAACGAUGGACGCCGCUGCUGAUAGCUCGGGGACGGAGACUGCUGCAGCAGAUGCUGCAGCAGAAACGAACACGCCGGCAGAUAGCCGAGAUCCUUCCGCCCAUGAAAUAA